CCUAAUUCCCGCGCGGUCUACCUGGACAUAUACUCGCUUUCACGCACGUCGGGCACCUCUUGAUCAGGCUAACAUCCUCGACUUCACCUCGCCAUGGCAUCCAACCGCGACUCCGCUGAGCUCCUUACCCCUCCUUUGUCCGCUGUUGCCAGCGACUUUGGCAAGGCAUUCCCAUUCGGCGACGCGCAAGGCACAGAUGCCUCGCGCGCCACCCUGCGGUACGAGAGGAGGAUGGGCGACACCGAGCUCUCCUACUUUCUCCCCUCGCGGCAAGCAGGCGUGAACGACAUGUCUUUGCAUCUUGGCUUCAGAGCAAAGGAGAGUGUCGCGAGACGCUCAAGGGUUCGCGCCGUUUGGGCGAUCCUCCGCAUGCGCCAUCCCCUGCUCUGCGCGCGUGCAGAAAUGCACGACUAUGACGACGUGCGAUUCGUCUUCGACGCACCGUCGUCCGCACAAGACGCGCUGCUCAGCGCGGACGCCAACCUUGAGUACCGCAUGCAGACCAAGGACGAGCUGAUGGAGUCCUUCAUGAACGGCCCGCGAACUUUGUCGAACGACCGUCUAUCCUAUCUCAUCAUUUCGGAACCCAUCACCUCACCGGAGCUGAUGCCUACCCCGCCGCGCACUCCCUCGCCGGCCUUGAGCGAGCCGCACGAACCGGAGCUAGAAGCCGCGGAUGACGAAGGACAUCAGGAAGCCGAGCGUACUCACCAGUACGAGCUGCUCAUUUGCGCAAUGCACUUCAUCGGUGACGGCAUGGCCUUGCAUACAUUCGCGAACGAGUUUUUCGGCCUCCUUGGAGGCGAGAAAUCUGAAGACGAAUUACGAGAUAUGCUAGAGGACGAAUGGCGCUCUCGCUGGGCCGUCGCGCCUGAAGAGUGUGCUCUCCCAUCGGCGCUCGAAGAUAACAUGCCGCUCUCUCCAGCCAAGUUCCGCCGCGUCGCUGCCAAGGUGGACUUCCAGCUCUCCGAACAGCGGCUCGUCGGUGGCCAGGUGUUCCCUCGCAGCAAGCACCCGGAGCGCCAUACUAUCAUCCCGACCGUGACGUUCCCAGAGGACCGCACAAAAGCCAUCCUGAAGAAGUGCAAGGCACACGGCGUCUCGGUCUCUGCGGCGCUCUUCGCUAUCUGCAACGUCGCCUGGGUACGCACGGCCGCAGAGGGCUGCAACAGGGAGCUGCCCACGCUCAUGUAUUCCGCGCUCAACCUCCGCCCCUACUUCACCAGGAAGCCUACUUCCGAGCUGUGGAACUCGUACUGGUACCUCGCCAUCGGCUACUUCAACGUCGUGCUGCCGUCCUUCCUCCCCUCCGCUUCUGCACCGGAGGGGCAAGAGUCGACCUUCUGGCUUCGAGCGCAGCAGGCAAAGGCGCAGAGCACCAAGGCGGCGAAGAAUCCCCUCAUGGCUUCACGCGCGCACGAGAUGUCGCGGAAGCGCGGGGCGCAGGCGCGUGCAUGGGGCCGAGAAGAUGACGAGCGCGAGAAGGGGACUUGGGUGCCGCCGCCGCCGCCUGUCCAGGCUGCUCCUGUGAAGGAGUCGGCCUUCCCGGCAAGGGCGAAGGCGCCGUCUUCUGCACUCAUCGGGCUGUCUUUGCUUGGUAACCUUGACGGCAUCUACAAGCAUGCCACGUUCCCGAACACCGAGCUCCACACGUUGACCACGGGUUCAAGGCAGCGCCAUGGUGGGAUGCUGCUGUUCGGGUACACGUUCAAGGGGAAGCUCUGGAUCAGCCUGGGGUACGACGAGAAUGGGUUCGCGGACGGGGUCAUUGACCGCUUCUGGAAGGAAGCGAUGGAUUGCGUCGACCAAUUCUUGGGAUGAACGUGCGAGACUGGACUGGGACACUCACUUCACUAUCUUCGCAUUUCACAGACUUUGCUAGCCAUGGACGUCUCCAUCUUACGUUUAUGUACGCAUGAUUCUUUGGAUAGGUUUCCGAGUGCCUUGUAUGACGUGUGUAAGUUACCGCAGCAGGACGUAAUGAUGACUGUCACCUGAACCUUGUC